GUCCGAUGCGUCCUGACAAACUAACAGCUGGAGUCAAAUGUGCUCCUCUGCUCCCCGCUGUUUCGUGCAUCCACGGAGCGACCCGCCCUCACAGACGGAGUGACGAUGCCACUGGAGGUUAUUCUAAUGUUAGGAAGCGGUGAGGAUACAUUAUGAAGCUGGUGAUGUAAGUAAGCGUCGGGCUGGUUGUAGAGAGAGAGAGAGAGAGAGAGCAGAAGGCGGAGGAGGGUGGAGUAACCCCGCCCGUCACGGUGAAGGCUGAUUUGUUCGAGGAGUCAGCAUCAUUGACUUGUGCCUCCGAGAGGGAGACGACAUCUGUGGAGAAGUCUGGAGGAACGAGGCGCGCGCUCCCUCCUCCGGAGGACAAUCCGAGCAUCUGGAUCCUCUUACUUUCUCUUAUUUAUCCAGGGCGUUUGGGUGGGAGGGUGUAUUAUUUGGGGUUUUUUGUUUUAAAAAACACAAAAAGCGACAGCGGGGGGGGGGGUCUGCCAGGGAGAAAGUUGCCUUGCAAAAGAAGAAGAAAAAAACGACGAAGGACGCAGAAGAGGCUCGAAGGAGCGGCGCGAGGAGCCAUGUUCGGCAUGCUCAAGAACUCUCUGUUCGGAAACACCGAGGAGACGGAAUACAAACUGCUCAGCAGCGAGACCAAGGAUGGAGUUAGCUUUGAGGUGCGGCGGUACGAUGGGGCCAAAUACGCCGUGGUCUCGUCCGAGGGGCGAUCCUUUGACCAAGUCACAGGGGAGCUGGUGAGGAAGCUGCUCAUGUACAUCGGGGGGAGCAACGAACAAGGCGAGGCCAUGGGCACGGCAGCUCCCAUCAUCAUCACAGUGUACCCGCGCAACGACGGCGUUCUGUCUCGCCGCUUGGUGGUCGCCAUCCGCAUCCCCUCCGGCUACCAGAUGAUGCCCCCGGCCCCCUCCGACAGUGCCAUCAAGAUCGAGGAGCGGUCCGGCAUGACGGUCUACACACUGCAGUUCGGAGGCUUCGCUGCAGAGAGCGAGUUCCGGGCUGAGGCCUUGCGUCUGACGCGCACCCUGGGAGAGACGGCGCCCUUCCAGCGCAAGCAGUACUUCUGCUGUAGCUACGACCCACCGCUCAAGCCUUACGGACGCCGCAACGAGGUGUGGUUCCUGCAGGAAGAGCCGUAGGAGCCGGCCCGUCACAUGCGAGCCAAACCCCACACGGAACCUUUUGUUCAGCCUGAAUUAGCCCUUCACUCCUGGAGCUCAAACAGCGCUCGGUUGAUUGGUAAGAGCAAUAUGGCGACUUGAUAGACAUUUAAACCCCAAAUGGAAAGACAUUACCCAUGUUGCCUUUACCCAUCAGAUCUCCUUGCUUGUCGCUACACUGAUGUUAGGCGUUCAGAGUUCUGCUUUGGUUUGGGAUGUAAACUCUUUGUAGAAACAAGGCGCAAGGAGACGGUAUUAAAGAGCACUGUGUUGUAGACGUGAAGGUAUUGUAGCGAGUGCCAUGUCAAAUGUUUCGCACAGAGUUUUCAAUGCGAGCGCGUUGCCACGCCGAUGACAGCCGAUGGGGGAAAAAGAUGAAGAAGAAGCGGGAGGUGGAAUUGAAAGUUAUCGGAGUAACUCAGUGGAUCAUUUAAUGUGGUUUGUGCAAAUAAAACGUCAUUGACUUUUCCCUUCCUUUUAAAAUUAAAUGUUUGUCCUAAAGGUAAAGUAAGAAUAAACAGUAGGGUUUUGUACAUAUUAAUGUAGUUUAAUAUUUAGUGACAGCUACAGAGAAAUGUGUACUAUUAAGAUUAGAUAUACAGUAGUAAAAAGAACCCUUCUUUCCCCUCGCGAGUAAAGAACUGUAAAAAAACAGGAGUGGAGCCAUAAAGUUGAACUUGUCUUUACGGAUUGACAGCCGGGUAGAAGCUCGAUAGCCGUGUGUGUUGUUUAGGAUGAUGUGUUGAUCCAUUCGUGUGCAGUGAAUAUUUAGUGUUGUCGUGAAUGGCGAUGCCACCUUAUUUAUUCUAUUGAAACCGUGUUAUGGGACGUCUGUACUGUGAGUUUCUGUGAUGAGUGAAUAAAGUGUUGCGGUUCAAUAGUGUCACCACUUAAUAAAUGUGUACCAUUCAGA